AUGGCUGCGGCUUGUCCAUGUGUUUCCGAGUUAGGUUGCAGCAUUUAUGUGCGUCACUGUUACAUGAAAAUUAAAGUUUCAGGUCGAGAUAUUACAAAAGGAACACUCAGAGCUAUCAAUGUGGUCGCCAAUGCAACACCUUUUGGUUCCUUGAUAUCAGGAAUAACUGAGCUUAUUUCUGAAAUUACCCAAAUUUAUGAAGCAGCUCAUUGCAAUAAAAAAAUUUGUAACGCAUUGUUAAUCUAA